AUAGACACAAGUAUCCAGAACUCUACUGGGAUGACCGCCCUUGACAUCCUCGUCCAGGACAAGCCAGCAGGGCAUGAGGAGAUGCUACACUGGUACUCCAAGUUCAGCCCAGGUCUGUGGUGCGCUCUACGACAAGACAAGCCAGAUAGAAACUUGAUAGAAAAACUUGUCAAAUCUUGGUGUCGUCUGCAAACUGUCAAAAAAGGGGAGGUGGUUUACUUGAAGGAUGUUAUCGCUAAAGACAUCAACAAAAUCUCAAUUUUUAGGUUACUAGAACGCUACGAAACAACUGUAGAGGUGUGCUUCACGUUACUUGCUGGAACAGGAACAGGAAUCCGGAACAGGAUGAAAAAUGGUUACGUGAAACACCUUGACCCCAACUUUGUCGACCUGUCCCACCAGCUCAGGUACCCGGAUUACCCAGAAGCCCCGCAGCCCCUGGUGGCGGCCACGUGGGAAACAAACAGUUUUGAUGCCGUCAGCGCCCUCAUGGAUCUGGCGCCCGACACGACGGUGCUGUAUGCCCCCGACAAGGAUCUGGUCCCCAACCCUGUCAUUUUUUAUCUGUUGAACAGCCCCUACAGACCGAAAGAACUUCGCACCAUCCACCGUGUGCUGGAGUCCUCUGACGUCAGCCUGAGAAACCACAUCGGGCAAACCCUUCUAUUUCAAGCCGUCUACACCGAGGAACCUCUGAGCACCAUCAAACUCCUGCUGGCCAAGGGCGUUAACCUUGGGGCUCGAGACUAUCUGGGGCGCACUGCGCGAGACUUUGCCGAGGGCCUGCAGCGAGGGAAAUACGUCACAGAGAUGGACAGUCGCGUGAUUCAAGCCAUCAAAUCCAAAGAUUUCCCUCAGAUUGAAAGACUUCUGCUGGAGGGUUAUGACCAUGUCUGUGACGUCAAAGACAAAGCAGGCAAAUCGGCUGCUGACAUUGCCAGAAAAUAUUCGAGUCCACAAGUGCAUGAGAUUGUCCGUCUUGGCGAGGAGAUACAGCUGUACGUGAAGCGGGUCUUUAAAGCUGUGGACGACGGCAACCUCGAUGACCUCCAGAAGCUUCUGGCUUGCAAAAAAUAUGCAGGUGGCCGUGACCUUUGUGGCCGCACCCCGCUCAUGAAGGCGGUUUUACUGGGAAGGAAUCGAUUGGUUUUAAAGUUAGCUGCUGAUUGUGCCUUCACUAUCAACAUGCAAGAUUCGCUAGGUAAAACUGUACUUCACUACGCUUACCUUUUCAUGGAUGACCCGGAUGUGCUUCAGUUUUUAGAGAACUGCGGAGCCGACCCAGACCAGGUUGAUGCGCGGGGCCGUGUGCCAGACGCCUACAGCAGGUCAGUCUGUGGAAGCUCCGAGUUCCGGCUCUUCCAAAAGGAGGUCUUGGACGCCGACCUGGAAAUAUACGCCUACAGAACAGACUUUGAGAAGUCUUUCCGUGCAGCCCUUAAGACCGCCGAUCUGGCGAUGGUCAAACUUCUGAUCUCUGGACUGGCCGAACACGGGGACAUCAGCCGCUUCAGUCCUCUAAUGUUUGAGUGUGUCGAUCUGUGCAGGGAGGACAUUGCCAUCUUCCUGCUCAGGGCAGGCUUCAAUCCCAAUGUCUCUAAACAGUACCCAAAGUGUAGCAUCAGAAGCCCCUCGUGUUUCCGUGGAGUCUGCGAUCACUCGGUAACUACACUGAAACAGCGGGCUGUUGAGACGGGUUGUAGCCGGGUUGUCAAGCUGAUCAACCAGAUGGCAGAAUACCCACAGACAUGACAUGGGUUGUAGGAUUAUCGACUAGUUUUUACGUCAUCAUCUCCAUCUUAAAAAAUAGCAACCAAACAGAGCGGGUUGUGUACAUCCAACCAGAUCAAUGUAAACUAGUCAGGUCAACCAAACCUAGGUCAAUGUAAACUAGUGAGGUCAACCAAACCAGGUCAAUGUAAAUUAAUGAGGUCAAACAAACCAGGUCAAUGUAAAUUAAUGAGGUCAAACAAACCAGGUCAAUGUAAAUUAAUGAGGUCAAACAAACCAGGUCAAUGUAAAUUAAUGAGGUCAAACAAACCAGGUCAAUGUAAACUAGCGAGGUCAACAAAAAUCAGGUCAAUGUAAAUUGGUGAGGUCAACCAAACCAGGUCAAUUUAAAUUAAUGAGGUCAACCAAACCAGGUCAAUGUAAAUUAAUGAGGUCAACCAAACCAGGUCAAUGUAAAAAGAUGAGGUAUAAAAAAAACUAUGUCAAUGUAAAUUGGUGAGGUCAAUAAAAAAACACGCUGACAGUUCCUGUACACAUGUACUGCUGUAAAGGACCAUACGAUACACGUAGCAAGAAAACAAGCAGUACAGGCCUAACAAUUUCACAUCCUGUAUAUAGAAACCACGGGAGACAAGUGAUAAUUAAUUUCGCUAUGCUACCUGGGUCAUUUGUUCUAAGUGCUCCCCUCCCCCACUUACGACCCUGCCUGUUGCAUGUGCUGUCCAUCCCAGCCUUCUGCUAGUGCCAGACAGGGCGGGUGCCAGACAGGGCGGGUACCAAGCCAGCUACUAGCAAGCACAUCUCAGGGGACAUAACGUUGUUUAUAAUCUAAACACAUUGUGCAACUCCUUGACUUGAAACUGUUUUACAAAAGUCGGUUGUACUGACACGAGAAAAUGGCCUGAAAGAACGCAAUAUUUAAAUUAGUCUCGGGUUGGAUGUAUAAUUGAACAAAGACAACCAUGCAGAAGUCACCUCCCUUAUUUUACUUCUUUAUUAAGAAAGUAAAACUGGUUGUUCCUCUUGUUUGAUUGCGAAAUAUCUCACAGUAGUACCUAUAGACUAACAACAAUUGUUUUAUAGGCCGCCUAUAUCUCACACUAGUACCUGUACAGACUAUCUAACAGCAAUUGUUUUAUAGGCCGCCUAUAUCUCACACUAGUACCUAUAGACUAUCUAACAACAAUAUUUUAAAGCCAAUCAUCAAUUGAUCUCUUGGUCUAUACCUAAUAACAGAAAACAAUUUUUAGAUCAAACUAUGUUUGACUUGCGGCUAUAGGUAAACUAAUUAUGGAAACCUGACAUUAUGUUUACAUUUAACUCUCGUUGUUUUUUUU